AUGAACUGGCUCAAAUCGACUCUCUCUGCGGCCGUCGGCACGCAAGAGCCCAUCUACGGCCCCGAAGCCAUCCAGUCGGUCGCUCAGCAGGCCAGCGAGACUCCCUAUUCCGCUCUGUCCAAGGACAAGUUGCGCUGGAAGGCAUACCAGUACACCAAUGUGGAGACUCAGACCUUCUACAUCAUGGCCGACGACGGAAACCUCUUCAUGGUCCAGGUCAUCUACAGCAACAUCGCGGGUAUCCACACCACCGCGCACUUCAACACCAAGAUCUUCAACGUCAAAGGCGAUAAGCCGCACGUCUGGCAUACCGAUUCGCUCUCCAACUGCAUGUUCGAUGAGCAGAUGCACUCCUUCGGCGCUGAUAACCUGACCCUCACUCUGAACGAUGAAGGCGACGCCUACCAAAUCAAGUCCACUGUCAACCGGGACAGCAUUGUCGACAUCAAGGUUACCCGCCAGGCCCCGGGCUUCGUUGUCGGCAAGGAUGGAACCUCAUACUUUGGAACCGACCCCAAGAACCCCUGGGGCUCCAUGUACCACGGGUUCUGGCCCCGCUGUGCCGUCGAGGGUACCCUUACUACCAAGGAGAAGACCUACGACUUGACCGGCCGCGGAGUGUUCAUCGCCGCUCUGCAGGGCAUGAAGCCACACCACGCUGCCGCCCGCUGGAACUUCAUCAACUUCCAGACUCCCACCUUCUCCGCCAUCAUGAUGGAGUUUACCACUCCUCCCUCCUAUGGCUCGACCAAGGUCAACGUCGGCGGUGUCUUGAAGGAUGGUGAGAUUGUCUACGCUGGUGCCACCAACACCGUGACCCACACCGCGUCCACACAAGACCCAGAGAGCGACUGGCCCGAGCCCACCUCCAUCAAGUGGGAGUGGACUGGCAAGACUGCCGACGGUCAGGACUUCACCGCUGCCGUCGAGGGUCCUCUCGGCAAGCGCCAGGAUCGCGUUGACGUUAUGGGUGAGGUCCCCGGCUUCAUCAAGACCAUUGCUGGCAGCGUUGCUGGGACCCGGCCAUACAUCUUCCAGUUCUCUCCACAGGAGAAGCUGAAGCUGAAGGUCAAGGUGGGCGACACCGAGACUGAGGAGGAGGGAACUAUGUUCUCAGAGUCGACUUUCAUCUCCUAA